AUGACUGAUGAAUUCAAUCGAUAUUAUAUCAAAAUUCGAGCUAUUUUGGGAAUAGAUUCAAAAACAAUCUUUGACGAACUUACAGAGGCAUUGGGACCUGAUGCUCCAUCAUAUCCAACAGUCAGAAGAUGGGCGAAACGUUUUCGUGAAGGAAGAGACGAUGUCACUGAUGAUCUUCGAUCUGGUCGUCCGAUUUCGGUACUUACAGAUGAAAAUGUUGAACGCGUUCGACAAUUUAUCGAAGAUGAUCCACACUCAACUUAUGAUGAUAUUAUGGGUGAGACUGAUCUAUCACGUGGUACAAUAGAACGAAUUAUUCAUGAUCGUCUAAAGAUGAGAAAAGUUACAUCACGUUGGGUUGCUCAUCAACUUACUGACGAACAAAAACAAAAACGACUUAGAAUUUGUCGUCAAAAUUUAGAGAAAUUUAGAAAUGGAACAUGGCAUUUAUGUGAUGUUAUUACUGGUGAUGAGACAUGGAUUUAUCACAGGCAGAUUGGUCGAAAGUCAAGCAAUGCUACUUGGGUUGGCGAAAAUGAACUACCAAGAACCAUUGUUCGUCGGAAUAGAUUUGAACCUAGAACACUAUUUUGCUUCUUCUUCAAAUCCACUGGUUCUCUUCUCAUACACAAAGUAGAUAAGGGCAAGACAAUCGAUCAUGACUACUAUAUUGAUAAUUGUCUUAUACCUGUUAUCAAUGAAAUAAGAAAAAAGGAAAAGUCAUCACGUACUACAUAUAAAAUGCUUCAUGAUAAUGGUCCUCCUCAUACUCAUCCAGAUGUUAUUGAUUAUUUAAUGGAGGAAGGAAUCGAAAUCAUUCCACAUCCACCA